CGUGUGCGUGUACAGGAAGUGACGUCACGUACCGACCAAGAGCCCAGCUUUAGUGGUUUUAAAAUGCCAAUAACUGGAGCAGAAAGGCAAAGGCUCUAUCGCGCUCGCAGAGAUGCAGACCCUGAGAAAAGAGCCCAGUACCUGGAGAGAGCGAGGGAGAGGUGGAGGAAAGAGCGGGAGCUGGGGAAGAGAAAAUCUAUAAAAGAAGUGAGUGAGAGUGAGAAGAAUUUAAAACGACUACAGUGGAGGCGGGCCCAGGCGAGGAGGAGGGCAGCGAAAAAAGCAGCGUUAGAUGCAUCUUUUUCCAGUAUAUGCUCUAGAAAAGCAGAAGAAGAGCCUAUUGCAAUCACUCCAAAGAAGUACAAAUCAACAAAGAAGUCCAAACCAGCACAUGCCCAUAGUAAAGAAACCCAGACCCCUGACAACAUCUGUGCUGAGAUCGAGAUGACCUGGAAUAAUCAGGGAACUCCCAGGAAGAGGCCUCGUUGGGAAGUUAUUGAAGACUGGGCCCCCAUUGACUGUGACAUCUCACUUCAGUCCAAAGAAAAUACAGAGUCUUCCUCUGUCCCUCAUAAAGAUUCAGCCCCAGUGGACAUUGAAUUUUCGGUAGAGGAAAGACCAGCUAGUAAUAAUACUAAAUACAUUGUUUAUGAAUCCUGCCUCAGACAGUUGUUCAGCUCGUGCCCCGUCUGCAGUAUGCCCUGUGAAGUUAAAAGUCACCGUAUGGGAACCUAUGUCUCAUUUGAUCAAUACUGUUCACACUGUAACUACAGCAGAGACUGGAAAAGUCAGCCUCUUGUUGGAAGUACACCUCUUGGAAAUUUCCAGAUGUCAGCUGCCAUUUAUUUCACUGGUUUGUCAUUCUACCAAGUUGAAAAGUUUUGUAAAGCUUUGCAGCUUCAGUCAUUUAAAUAUGACACUUUCAGAAAACACGCUAGAAAUUAUCUCGAGCCUGCGAUAGUUCAUAAAUGGAAGGUUGAUCAGCAGCAAAUUUUAGCCCAACUUAAAGAAGAAGGAGGAAAGAUUAAAGGCAGUGGAGACAUGUGGACAGACUCCGCUGGAGCUGCAGGUUAUGGGUGUUACACUCUGACUCAUCAAGACAGCAACACAAUUAUAGACCUUCAGCUUGUACAGAGCAAUGAAAUGGGAAAAGGCCACAUGAAAACAGAUGGUCUGAAACGGUGUUUAGAUCAUCUAAAUGUGAAUGAUCUGGAAGUGGACUCUGUCGUCACUGAGAGCUGCCCCCAAACCCAGGAGGUUCUUAAAAAACAAAACAUCGCACACUUUUAUGACACCCGGAGUUUUGAGAAAGGCAAAUUGAUAAUGGCUGUCUAA